AUGCUUGGAGCUCUUGGCUGCGUCUUCCCUGAGCUUUUGGCCCGUAAUGGUGUGAAGUUCGGUGAGGCUGUAUGGUUCAAGGCUGGAUCCCAGAUCUUCAGUGAAGGUGGGCUUGAUUACUUGGGAAACCCUAGUUUGGUCCAUGCUCAGAGUAUCUUGGCUAUCUGGGCCACCCAAGUCAUCUUGAUGGGUGCGGUUGAGGGCUACAGAAUUGCCGGUGGACCAUUGGGUGAGGUUGUUGACCCACUUUACCCUGGUGGUAGCUUCGACCCAUUGGGCCUUGCAGAUGAUCCAGAGGCUUUUGCUGAGUUGAAGGUGAAGGAGAUCAAGAAUGGAAGACUGGCUAUGUUCUCCAUGUUUGGGUUCUUUGUUCAAGCCAUUGUGACAGGAAAGGGGCCGUUGGAGAACUUGGCUGACCACCUUGCUGACCCUGUUGCAAAUAACGCCUGGUCUUAUGCUACAAACUUUGUCCCCGGAAAAUCGGUUAGAUAG